CAGACCCACCGAGACUAUUCUCUAACUUCUUUUCAAUUUUUGCCUUCGAUCUAAGGAACUGAAAGUUGAAUAACAAACCCUUUUGCGUCUCCAUUUCCCCUUUCUUCUUCUUCUUCUUCUUCUUCUUCUUCCUCUCAAUCUCCUCCUAAUUUCUCUCUCUAUUUUCCGGCGAAGUGUGCAAAUGGAGAGGGUUUUGGUGAGAAGAGAGAAGCUUCGAGCCUGGAUAUUCCUCUUCCUGUCGGUUGCUUAUUGUGGCAGGAUGACGGCCUCAGCGGCUAGAUCUGAGAAGGAGAUUAGGGAAAGGUUUUACGGUAAUUUAGUUAAUUCUUCCGCUCCCGACUCUAACGACGGCACUAUUGCCAAAAUGUUUGAUCGCGUUCUCGAGAAAGAAUUUUCUGAGAACGAUCAACCUGAAGGUUCGGAUGGGAGCAGCUUUAACAGUACAGUGGCUGAUGAGAAAGGAGUGUUGGAGACUGUGGCCAAAAUUACCCAUGAGAAGAUCAAGAAGAAUGAGACACAACAGACAAAUGAUACUAGAUCAUUCAAAUUACAAGAUGUUUUUUCCCUUGAAAAUGAAGGUUCUGAUGAUGUAACUACAUUGAUUGACAAAAAGGACAAUGUGUUUGUCAUGUCAAAUAAGAAAUCAAAAUAUCCAGUGCUUCAAGUUGAUGUGAGACUUAUCUCAGACUUGGUGGUGGUUAUAGUCUCUGCUGCCAUUGGUGGAAUCAUCUUUUCUUGUUUAGGACAACCGGUUAUUGUUGGUUAUCUUCUUGCUGGCUCAUUAAUUGGACCAGGGGGUUUGAAGUUCAUCAGUGAAAUGGUACAGGUUGAGACCGUUGCUCAGUUUGGAGUUGUCUUCCUUCUAUUCGCUUUAGGUCUGGAGUUUUCCUUGACAAAGCUAAAAGUUGUCGGUCCUGUUGCUGUUCUAGGAGGGCUGCUUCAAAUUGUUAUCCUUAUGUUUCUGUGUGGCGCAACUGCAAUGUUAUGUGGUGCAAACUUGUCAGAGGGAGUGUUUGUUGGUUGCUUCCUGUCAAUGUCAUCAACAGCAGUGGUGGUGAAAUUUCUAGUUGAGAAAAACAGCAACAAUGCUCUUCAUGGUCAAGUGACGAUUGGAACACUGAUUUUUCAGGACUGCGCUGUUGGUUUAUUGUUUGCUUUGCUUCCUGUUCUUGGAGGUAACAGUGGGCUUUUGCAUGGAAUAAUCUCUAUGGGAAAACUGCUGCUCAUCUUGUCCAUGUACCUCAGUGUUGCAUCAAUUGUAACUUGGUCAUUUGUUCCCCGUUUUCUGAAGUUAAUGAUACGGUUAUCCUCUCAAACCAAUGAAUUGUAUCAGCUUGCGGUGGUGGCAUUCUGCUUAUUAUCUGCUUGGUGCAGUGAUAAGCUGGGACUCAGUCUUGAGCUGGGUUCAUUCGUAGCCGGGGUUAUGAUAUCCACAACAGACUUUGCACAACAUACCUUGGACCAGGUGGAACCAAUUCGUAAUCUCUUUGCAGCUCUCUUUCUCGCUAGUAUCGGAAUGCUGAUACAUGUACAGUUCCUAUGGACACAUGUGGAUAUCUUGCUAGCAUCAGUUAUCUUGGUUAUAGUUUUUAAGACUACUGUAGCCACCAUGAUUACAAAGGUUUUUGGAUAUAACAUUAGGACAUCAGUUAUUGUAAGUCAUCCAUCUAAACACUUGUUAGACAAAAAUUAUAUUGCCUUAUCUUUUAUGAGUUUGAAUGACUUUACAGGUUGGGCUUUUGCUUGCACAAAUUGGAGAAUUUGCAUUUGUGCUCUUGAGUCGUGCCUCAAACCUGCAUAUUGUUCAGGGAAAGAUGUAUCUUCUUCUGCUCGGAACAACUGCUCUAAGUCUUGUUACAACUCCAGUCUUGUUCAAGUUGAUACCUGCUAUCAUGCACCUGGGAGUUCUUAUGCACUGGUUUCCUGUGGAAAAUAUCGCGCCGGAUGAGGAGAAAGUUUCAAUGAUCGAAGCACACAAUAGAGUAUUGUAACAUUUGCUGUUAUCAUAUCCAGUAGUAUCAAAAGGAAUGGCUAGAUGGCAGAGAAUUGUAAAAUACCCAGUUUUGGCGGGCAGUAAAUUCGAUGUGCAUUACUCAGCCUGAACUCAUCAAGGAUGCAGAAGUUAUAUAAAGUCAAAUUUGUUUUGUACAUAAAUAUUCUUCUGCAUUCGGAUGCUGUACAUAUUCCCACUUUUUUGUCUCACAAAAUUGUAGCUUGAUCUGAAAAAACGAGAUAUACCUUGACAUUUGCAGGGAAUGCCAAAGAAAUUAUCUGCCGUCCAGUUUUCUA